UUUAAAAUAUUAUCGACCUUUAGGUAAACUAAUUGGAGCAACAUUUAAAUAAAAGUCUCCAGUUCUUAGAGUCUCAGAAAUCUUCGCAUUCAUAUAUACGACGAGCCUAUAUGGACUCGUCCAUUUAAGCGGAUCAAGAAUAGUUAAGGAAAUAAUAUUUUUGGUACAAUCAAUUACAUGUAUAUCUGGGAACGAGCACAGCCUGCAGCGGGGCACAGAUUAUUUAUUAUGUAUGGGAACAAAGUGUAAACUUUUACGCCCCGUCGAAGCGUUACGUGUCGAGCGCCAACAACAAACUUGACUUGGAGUAAUUUUCAUUGACAGGGUUAUGACUGGGCAAGCGCAGUGGCAUGUCCUUUUUCCUUGAAUUGUUUUCAAUUGAAAAGUUUUCAAAUUGUUGCUCAUCCAUUAUUCAGAAUUUAUAAAACUAAUCAACUAUAUAAGCCUUAAAUGGCGGCAAUUGGGCAGGCUGUGUUUUAUUAUCCAAUUGAUAUCAACUCCUGCUCCAAGCAUGGCAUUGCGUGAAAUCUUUCCGAGCAUGUACACGCUGCCGGAUACGGCGCCAGCUCAAUCAAGGAAUGCGACACGCUAUUUGCUGCGCUGUAUUUUCCUAAUGGGCAUCAGAACGCCGCCUAAGGGAUACCUUUUUUUCGUCUACAUUCUGUGGUCCUUGGCGCUUAAUCUGUGUUCCACUUUCUAUCAGCCCAUCGGCUUCAUGACGGGCUACAUCUCGCAUCUCUCCGAGCUAUCGCCGAGUGAGUUUCUCACCUCGUUGCAGGUGGCCUUCAAUGUCUGUUCCUGUUCUAUUAAGGUGAUGAUUAUCUGGGCGCUGGUCAAACGCUUCGAUCAGGCCAACCUCAUACUGGAUGAAAUGGACAGGCGCCUGCUGCAGCCCAGCGAACGCCGAAAAGUGCAUCGCGCGGUGUCCAUCAGUAAUCGCAUCUUCUUCUGCUACAUAUCCGUCUAUUUCAUUACUGUGACGAGUACUUUUCUCAGCUCCGUAAUCGUGGGCGUGCCCAUGUUCCAGAACUAUUAUCCCGGGCUGGACUGGCGUGCCGGCCAGUUUGAGUUCUGGCUGCAAUCCAGCUUGGAAUAUUUUACCCUGUUGGGCGCCUGCCUUCAAAAUGGCUGCAUGGAUUGCUAUCCCAUUAACUACGUGCUAAUAUUGCGUGCCCAUCUAGCCAACUUUGCGGAGAGGCUGCGGAAACUGGGCCAGGAUGCGGACGAGACACCGGAGCAGCGCUACGAAAAGCUCGUCGAGUGCAUUCAGGACCACAAGGUUAUGCUACGCUGCUGCGAUACUUUGCGCCCUGUGAUCUCUGGCACCAUUUUUGUGCAGCUUCUGGUUGUGGGUCUCGUGUUGGGCUUCACUCUGAUUAAUAUUGUCCUGUUUGCCAAUUGGGGCUCUCGCAUUGCCGCUCUUACAUAUAUGACAGCAGUGCUGCUGCAGACAACGCCCUUCUGCAUACUCUGUAACUAUUUGGCGGAUGAUUGCUCAAAACUGGCGGAUGCUCUGUUUGAGUCCAAUUGGAUCUAUCAGGAUCAGCGUUACAAGAAAGCCUUGCUUCAGUUCUUGCAGAGGUUGCAGAAGCCAAUCGUUUUCAUGGCCGGCAACUUUUUCACCAUCUCCGUGGCAACCAAUCUGAAUGUGAGUUUAAAUGAAAUCUGUCAGAUCUCAUUUAUCUUUUAAGCAAAGAGUUCUCUAUAUUUUGGCUGCACUUCUGAUCCACUUAACUGUAUACGAAAUAAUUUAUGCAUUUUAUAAAUUAAAAUGAAUUCAUAAUUCAUA